AUGGGGCCCCCUACUGACCUCGGGCCCUCAGGCAGUGCCUGAGUUUCCAAAUGGUCAGUCCGCCCCUGCUCGAUGCACACUGCCUCCUUAUUGCCACAAAAUCUCAAUGAUCUUCAACAGUCACCUGUGUGUCUCCCUCAGACACAACUGAUCACAUGUCACGCCCCAACAGUGCCCAUCAGUGCUGCCUAUCAAUGCCAAUCAGGGUCCAUCAGUACUGCCAAUCAGUGCCCAGCAGUGCUGCCAAUCAGCGCCCAUCAGUGUUGCCAAUCAGUUCUCAUCAGUGCUGCCAAUCUGUACCCAUCAGUGUUUCCAGUAAGUGUCCAUCAAUACUGGCAAUCAGUGCUCAUCAGUGCUGCCAGUAUCAGUGCUGCCUAUCAGUGCCCAUCAUUGCCUCCUAUCAGUGCCCAUCAGUGCCGCAUAUCAGUGCAGCCUCAUCAGUGCCUCCUUAUCAAUGACCACCAGUGCUGUCUCAUUAGUGUCGCCUCAUAAAUUCAGCCGCAUCAGUGCCCAUCAGUGCCGCCUCACCAGUGCCUAUCAGUGCUGCCUCACCAGUGCCUAUCAGUGCUGCCUAUCAGUGCCUGUCAGUGCUGCCUAUCAGUGCCCAUCAGUGCUGCCUAUCAGUGCAGCCUCACCAGCUCAUAUCAGAAAAGUACCUGUUUGCAAAACUUUAUAAUAGAAACUAAGGAACGCUUUUUUUUCAAUAUUUUCGGUCUUUUUUCUCUUUUUU